AUGGCCUUACUUAAUCGUAAAUUGAAAUGGAGAGCAGCUGACGAGAUUCCACUUGUUGAGCAGGAAGACAAAAUUAUUGUUGACAUACGGCCUAAUGACGACGAGGACGACGAUGACAGAAACGACACGUUCAAAUAUCGUGGCAUAUCUCUUUGGGUUUAUGAUGCCGUAACUCUUUUUGUAGAACAUAUCCAAUAUUAUGCAAUUAUACUAGCACUCGCACAAAGGUGGGGCUGGCCACUGGAAUGGAUAAAGUCAACGUAUGUAACGUUCCUUUUCAACUUCGAUAUAUGGGAGUUUUGGAUGGUUCAAAGUGGAGCCUUCAAUCGCUCCAAAACUGCUUUUGUUGACACAAAGCUCCUUGGAUUCAAUUAUCCAUCUUACAUAGCAGCAUGGGGUACACUGGUAUGCAUGGCCGGAAUUGCAUUUUUAACUUGUUACAUAGUAUGGCACUACAAAAGGCCCUUGUACCUAUUACUGUAUGUUGCAAGGCUCAAAAGGAUUCUAUUUCUUGUCAUACAGUUGGCAGCGCUGCCGUUCGCAAUUGCGGUAGCGCGUCUUUUUCAUUGCAGGAAUGAUGUUGCAAAAAAUAUUGUUGUGAUGGAUGUGCAUAAUGGAAUCAUAUGCUACUCAGGCAUCCACAUUGGCCUAAUGGCUGUAUCAGUGGCAGCCUAUGUGUUAUUGUUUCUCUUGUACCCCAUCAUAAUUGCAAUGUCAAUAAGGGAACAAGUAUUUUCAGACUCUCAACGAAAACACGAAGGGUAUCUGCAACUAAAAGAAGCGGAAUAUGAGCAAGGACUUGAUAUUCUUUGGUAUGUGGGACAGUUCCAUUUGUUUUCCUCCUACAAGCGUUUUUGGGUCUAUUACAACCCAUUGAAGCUGGUCUUCAAGCUACUAAUCGUGGUUGCAUAUGCUUGUUCCAUGAGUUACAUGUUUUAUUCAAGUUCAGCAAUAUCAUUGCUUUUUCUUCUGGCAUUCAUUUCUGUGCUUAUCAAAAAGCCAUUCCGUGUCAAAACAUUCAACUUUAUGCUUGCUAUGAAUCAUCUGUGCAUUGCAGCAAAUGCAUUGAUUGGCAAUUUCAUGGAAGUCCCACCAUGGGAAAAUCCAUCACAAUUUGUUAUUGUGUCCUUUUUACGUAACCCAACAAUUAUGCAUAUCCUGAUAAGUUUGAAUGUUGGCUGGCUCACCAUUUUCUUAUUCUGGGUUGCAUUUCUUGUGCUGAGGGAGAAAAAAAUAAUUGGCAAAUCAGCCCUUUGGCCAAAAUUGUCAUAUGAAAACUCAAAUGAUGUUGGGGAGGAUACAAAGAAGUAUUUGAAAGCGGUUUUACGUGGAAGACAUACACUGGAGCAGGCAUUGUCUACAAUUCCAUUAUUUUCUCCUGUUCAUGAGUUAUCAAGACAGAUUCAGAUAAUCAAUGCAUUCUGUAGAGAAGCAGAAUACAUAUCUGAUCCAACACAUGAUACACUAUGGGACCUGCUUGAUGAACUAAUCCAAGCCCACAAUCAUCUUUCCCCCAUAUCUGUCUUUGGUACAGCAAGCACAAGCAAACAGUCUGUCAGAGAAACUGCCAAGGAGUUUCUAAAACUGAUGCCCAGCUUCUCGAAAAGGUUGGCUCAGAGAGAAUAUGAUCUCAUAUUGGUACCUCCAAGAAAGAGAAGACUUUUGCUCAAGAUGUAUGCUCUUGGUGUGUUUGUGAAUGGAACAAGAUUGAAAAGAAAACAGAAAGAAGAAAUAAGUAAGAAAGUGCAAGAUGCACUAAAAAGGCAUGAUGAUUUCUAUGAGCCACCAUCAUACUCACCAUCAGAUACAUUUUAUACAUCAAGACCAACAACAUCUGGAACUCUUGAUGAAUACGACAGGCUUCAGAGUGCCGGUAGUGUUGCCGGGUUCUUGGAACAGUUGGAAAAUUGGACCUCAGAGCACCCUCAUCCAGACAAUGGUCAGUUGCCACCUGCAAGGGGAUCAAGGCCAGGAACAGCAUCCACAUUCAAAACAGCCAGAGAGGAGUCAUUGUCUUCAAUGUCUCUUCCGGGACAAGUAUUUGCAGAAGAAGACUAUAAUGGUCACAGCAACGGCAAGUCACUAAAUUCUGAUAAUGACACCAUCACAACAAGAACAUCUGGAUACACAUCUGGAUACACAUCUGGCAUCGUUCAAGAUUCUGAUGCAGAUUCACUCAGGCUUUUUAAGGAAUUGAAGAAAAAACAAGCUGUUGACAAAGAUUUGAUUCAAGGUUUCAGGCCCUCAAGCAAACAGUCAACAUCAAGCAGUGACAACUAAGUUGCAAUGAGUAGACUAAAAAGUGCAUACUAUUGUGAAAGCAAUUGUUUAAUGGUGUGCACAGCGUUCAGAUGCAUAGAUUUUCCUUCUUGUAAAUAUGUUUUGCUUUAAAGUGUAUGUUUACAUAUAUUUUUUUAAAAGGUCAGCUGCAUUGUUUUGGUGAUGCUAGGCAAGAAUGGUUCCCUGACCCUUGAGCAUGUACAAUUGUGUCUCUACUUUCAAAACUGGAAAAAUUUAAACCCAUCGUAUAUAAAAUCCUUUAUUGCAUACUUGUAAAUGCUCAAAUACAGGAUUACUUUUUGAUCAGUUUCCUAACUCUUUGACUGAGAAUAUUUUGAACUUAAGGUUUCCGAAGAAAACUCUAGGACAAGUGUUUGAUUAAUCACAACCAUAAAUAGACACGGAUCCUGAAGAAAGAUUUGAUAUAGAAUCUUUAUUUUCAUACCAUAGGGAUUUUUCAAUAACCAUAAUUGAUUAAAAAUUUAUCCUUAUAAGAAUCCAUUCCUUAUGGUCCUUCUCUGUUUCAAUGCCAAAAAAGGCUCCCCUAUGCUACCACAUAAUUGAAGUUGUUUGUAUAGUUUGUACACCCAUUCUAAAUUUAUUUAAUGCUUUUCUCUGAGGUUGAGAUGAGGUUGAACUAGUUUGUAUCCUAAUUUAUUAAUUAGCACCAGAGUGAGAUUCUGUGUAUAGAUCUUUGAUGAAAAUAACAAGACAACAUGCAGUAAAUUCUGUAUGACAUCUUACUAAUCAA